AUGCGAUUGCGAGUCCGUGGGCCUUCGGGUCAAUCGACGGUCACGUUAGACGAUUCAGCCACGAUCCAGGACCUUCGGGCACAAAUCACAGAGAAGACCAACCUCGCAGCCUUCGAUAUUAAAUAUGGAUACCCAGACCUUAAGCCUUUGAAUCUGGACGAUUUCCUACCGGGACGACUUAUAUCCGAACUUGAAAUCAACCUGAACUGUGAGCAGUUGAUCAUCGCGCCACGAGAAAGCGCUGCCCCGCCCAGCGCUGCCUCUGCCAGCCAACCUGGCUUUGACGCCCAGAAACCCUCGCAACAGUCCUCGAUGCCCGCCAACCCCGAAACCUUAGCCGACGAUCCACCGGAGAUCGCAUCGCCCGAGCAUGGCGGCACCUUCGUUCUACGGGUCAUGCCGGACGAUAACUCAUGCCUCUUCCGCGCAGUCGGGGCGGCCGUGAUGGGUGAUAUGGAUACUAUGGUAGAGCUCCGGUCGGUCGUGGCAGGUGCCAUUCAAGCAAACCCAGCAGAGUAUACGGCGGCCAUCCUGGGGAAAAGACCAGACGAAUAUUGCCGAUGGAUUCAGAAUGAGGAUUCGUGGGGCGGUGCGAUCGAGCUCAAGAUUAUCAGCGAGUAUUUCAAUAUCGAGAUAUGUUCGAUCGAUGUACAGACGCUUCAUAUGUUCCAAUUCAAUGAAGGAGCCCCAACCCGGUGUAUUGUGGUCUAUUCAGGCAUUCACUAUGAUGUGCUGGCUCUCUGCCCAUCCGAUCCGCCACACACCCGCGCCAACUUGUUUGCGCCUAGUGACACCAAGGUCUUUGACGCCGCCGAUCCAGUGGUUCUGCAGAAGGCGAAGGAGAUGGGUCAGGCCUUACAAAGCAAACAUUAUUACACCGAUACCUCGGGCUUCCUUGUUCGCUGCAAUACCUGUGGAGGAACUUUCACUGGGGAGAAGGGAGCCGCCAAGCAUGCAUCGGAAACCGGUCACUAUGACUUUGGAGAAGCGGCCUAG